GCUACCACCGCACGUUUACAUGUUUCAUUCCACUUUGGUCUUCGCCCUGGCACAACUGUUUAGUCGCAAUGUCAAAAGACUUCGGUGACCCGCGGUCAGUGUCGAAGGCACCGUCGUCUCCGGAUUCAUCUCCGGGCUCAUCUCCGGGCUCGUCUCCGGAAAAAGACGUAGCUCCAGUGCCCCACGACCAUAACAAACCUGGCGUGGCAUCUCCAGUACGCCGCAAGAAAAAGAAGUCGACUAAAGUACGUCGACGCCAAAGUUCCAGUCCAAGUCCACUCAACAAGGCAGCACAAGAAUCACCCGACAAAGAGAACCGAAAACCCGAACCAUCUAAGGAAGCGGAGCAGGCCCUCUCGAAGACCGGGGUGAAGAAUCUCGCACAAGAAGCAAAUACGCCAGGCCCGAGACAAGAAGACUAUCCCCGUGUAAGUAAUUUCUCCAGCGGCCCACAUACCGAUGCAAUGUCACCGAUACCAACAGGCCACGUGCAAGAGGUCGCAAGCUUAUCAGAAGUUUCCACUCGAAUGCCUCAAAGCCUCUCUGCUCCUGGUAGCCUGUCGGACGCUGCUGCUGUGCCUGCAGUCUUUACGCCUGGUUCUAUUGCUUCUGUUCCCGCCGUUUCUGACGACUGUGUGGCCCGUAACAUCCCUGCACGCGUGUCAUUUCAUGCAACCGCAACUAGCAUGACUGUGCCUGAGGUACCACCACCACCACCUGACAGCUUAGCGCCGAGUAAGCCCCGAACGCGGGCUCCGUCAGUGCUCGAGAAGCUGCGCUCAUUCCUGGGUUCAGAAACUAAGUUGAGUAGUCGACGCGAGAGCAAAUACCGACGCCCAGGCAUUGAAAGAAAGGCAACCUCGAGAACAAGACAUGCACGAGUGCGACAGGAAGUGUUGGACCAAGGACAACCGUACUACCUCAUGUCAGGCGUUCUCGUCCUCCUGGUGGUCAUCCUAGCCACCGGAAUCAUCGUCGUCAUAGUUACGGGACCCCUCAGCGCCGAAAAACUUGCGGUUGCGUGCACCACGCCUGAGUGCAAGCGCAUGAAAGAGGACGUUGACGCUCUCGUCAACCACGACAUUCACCCGUGCGACGACAUGUACAGUUACGUUUGCGGCAAGUGGAAGAAUGGAGGGAGCUUCGUGUCUGACGUUAUUGGCAGGUAUAAUUCGACCAUGAUUGACGCUCUAUCUUCGCAUUCAAUUAAGGAACCGGACCAGUACGGCAUGCACGUGUUUUCGACGUUAUUUGGUUCCUGUCAAUACUACAUGCAAAAGGUCAACCGGACCAUCACCGGGGCUCUGCAGGAAGCCAUUAUGUUGCUGAACCUCACAGACAUCCUGCGCGCUCAAUCACAAUCAGACAUAUUUAGCUUCAUGUUCGAUAUUCAACUGGAAACGGGCAUAUACGCACUAUUCCGAGUUGAAUUCCUACGUAAGGGUGACGGCUGCAUGCUUGAGAUCUUCCCUGGCCUGUCGAUCAUCGGCAAGUUGUACGGCGCCUACAGUGACCUGGAGGCAGAUGGAUACCCGCCGCAAUUGAGUGCACUGAAGGAAAAAAUCAUCACAAUUGUAUGCUAUCAUUUCAAGUUUCCGAACGACACCAAAGCGCUCGUCGACGCCAUCGUGUCUUUGGACGACCAGAUUCAUGCUGAACUAUUACGGCCGACUACGGUUACGACGACGACAUUCGGUAACUUUACGGAUCUUUUUCCCAUCGUAAACCACGAAAUUAUCCGAUCGAUAGUCGACGACGUGCUCUCUGACAACUUCAAGCUUCAUCCAAACGACAGCGUUCGCGUCACAGGUGCCGACAGGAUAAAGAAGGUUCACGAUAUCCUCAACGACGAGACACUGCAAGUUGCGAAAGUUUACUACCUGGUCAAUCUGCUAGCUGGCUUGCUGAGGUAUGACUUGUUGCGGAAAUAUGCCAGGAAGAAUAAGUGGUUGUAUUCCUUUGCUUGCAUGAAGUCAGUCAGUUCUGUCCUGAUGCAUACAUUGCCAUAUCUGCUCGCUUCAUUGCCUGGGCAACACCAAGGUUCGGUUGCUGCCAUGGAACUCGUCGAUGCCAUUAAGGACAAACUACUCAGCGACAAUCUCUUGUCCGCGCUCGAUGAGGAUACAGUUCGAGAAUCUCAACGUAUUGUUCAGGAAAUAGCCGUAUCGACUUACAAUGUUGAAGACCUUGGACACUUGCAUCAUGAGAUUGAUCACCGGCGGUGGAGGCUUCAAGGCAACUUCCUGGCUAUCCUUGUCCAAGCGAAGAGACUGAAGAUGAAGAUGCUUUAUAAGGUUCUAUACGAAAAUUAUACUACGGCUUUGACUGAGAGUCAGCUCUCACACAAGCUUACAUAUUAUUCUUCGACGAAGUUGCUUACCGUACCAACAGCAUAUCAAGGAUCACCGCUGCUGUUUGCGGACAAACUUAAGAUCCCGUUUUACUUCAACUUCGCUACGCUGGGUGCGUUGAUUGCAAGAGAGAUUGUGCGUGCCUUUGCUGCCCCUUCUGGGAAAGUCACGGUACAACUGGAAAGUUAUUUCGAAUGCCUUAAGAGAAUUGCCGCCAUCCAGGGGCUGAACGUCAGUGACGCCAUCGAUCGGGAUCCCUGGAACAGUGCUCUGGUAGUCUGGUCAUAUGGUGCUCGCCUUGUCUACCAUAUUAUGUACGAAGCCCUUUCUAGUUACGGCCAAUCAAUGUUCCAGCAGCAAUGGAAUACAGCGCAAUAUUAUUUCUUCGUUCGAUUCUGUAUGCUUUCUUGUGUGUCGACAAAUAGGCCGACAUGUCCCAGGUCGUUCAAGGAACAGUGUAUAGUGCCCCUCUUCAGCAACGGGGACUUCGCUAGCCAUUUCGACUGCACCUCCAGACCGAAUUUCAGGACAGAUGCGUGUGUGGCUUCGUUUUGAUUGCAGAAGGUCGUGCACGCAGCUAUUCUCCGACUUACUGACUUUGGUUGGUUGACUUUACCAUGAGCUGCAUACCAUGCGGGUACCAUGAAGGGUACCCGGGUAUAAGAUGAAUAUAGUAUAACUGGAUGAUGUGCAUUUUUCCUUUUGAUAUGAAUUACCGAAUUGCCACUUUUUGUUUUAAAUAAACAUGGAAAAACU